CUCAUCAGAGCCCAGAAGCAGCCGCUUCCUGCGCGCUCCUGAUCAGACCCGGAGAGGAGCUCAGUUCGGUUCCACCGAGGAGCGGGACGGAACCGGAGCCGCUGGUCCGAGUCACAGGAGGACAGAACCGAACCCAAACAAACAAAAAAAGCAGUUUUUGUCUUUUUGCUGCAGUUUUCUGCACAGACGGUUUUAUUAUUUUAUCACUUCUCAUUUGGAGGUCCAGUUCUGGUUCCGGACUUUGGAGAGCCAGUCCCGAGCUGUUGAGAGGACAUGAUCCACUUCUGGACGGACUGAAGUUCUGGGGUUUGGGACGGAUCGGAUCCUUCAGUCCGGCUGAGGGGGGUGAAGUGUCAGAACCUCCGAACCGAGUCCAGAUCCGACAUGCCGCAGGUGGAGACCCUCCUGCUCCUCAGCCUCGGUGUCGGGAUGUGUGUCUGCGGACAGGACCCGGCGGCCAAGGUGGUCUCGGACCGAUACGCGGUGUUCUGGAACCGGACCAACCCAAAGUUUUACCGGGGAGAUUACCACAUCGACGUCUGCAUCAACGACUACCUGGACGUGUACUGUCCGCACUACGUGGGUCCGGUGUCGGAGGAGCGGGCCGAGCGCUACGUCCUCUACAUGGUGAACUACGACGGCUACAGCUCCUGCGACCACACCGCCAAGGGCUUCAAACGCUGGGAGUGCAACCGGCCGCUGGCACCCAACGGACCGCUCAAGUUCUCCGAGAAGUUCCAGCUCUUCACGCCCUUCUCCCUGGGCUUCGAGUUCCGCCCCGGCAGAGAGUACUACUACAUCUCGUCCGUCACCGACGUCAGAGGACGAAGGAGCUGCCUCCGACUCAAAGUCUUCGUCAGACCACAGAACAAUUGUGUGAAAAACUCUGGGAGCGCACAGGAAGGCGUCGACUUUGACGAACACAGUAACAACUCCAUCGAGCCCAGAGACGGAAUUGGUCACGAGUCACCAGAACCGUCCAGGAGAGACGUGAACUCUGCCGCUCGGUGCCAGGUCCCGGUCCUGCUGCUCAGCUCCGCCCUCAUGCUGCUGGCGGCCAUCUUGUCCUUAUAGCGGCCAUGAAAUCCUGGCGGGAACGCACCGUUCCUGAUUGGACCACAAGUUGCUUCAACUCUGCAACCGUCCUCCGCCCGAAGGAGCAAAUUUUUUUUAAAUCCCCCUGAGAGACGGGACUUCUGCUGGAAGCCGUUUGUCGUUUUUAUCCUACAGCGAGUUGGAUUGGAGGCGGAGCAACGGUUUACCUGUUUACCUCAGGGUGCAGGUGUGACACCUGAUGUUCGUCACACGUUUUAAACAUUUCCUCAGCGAGGACACGACGAGGACACUCCAAGCACAGCUGCGGUUAAAAAACAAUUAAAAGUUUACGAACUUUAUCUUUGCCUUUCUGAGCGUCACGGAUCAUUAAGGACACGACGCAACGCGCUAACCGCCGAGCAGAAACAGGAAGUGCACCGGUGUGACGACUUCCUCUCAGGUCGAGCAGGACKGUCGCAGAGCGUCGAGACAAAAAGAAGCACUCACAUUUUAACGUUUGGACCGUUUAACAAAUUAACACUUUUAAUUUUCUGUUUUUUUUUAAAUGAACGGUAAUUGUAGCGGCCGACACAGGUGUACAGUAAAAUAUUUGAGGGGAAAAGUUUUUCCAGGAAGGAUGUUGUUUUUUUUCUUAUUUAUUUAUUUUUUCUUUAGUCUGUAAAGAACGAUAGAAGGUCAAUAAAAGCCUCUCAGCUGAUUUUUCACAUUUUUAAAAACAUUUUUCACGUCCGUUUUGUGAAAAUUGAGGAAUUUAUUUUUAUUUUUUAAGAAAAGUCCAAACAGAAAAGAAGAAACGGAGUCUUUGUUUGUCACAAAUGUGGUUUUGCUGUUUUCACUGAUUGUUUUUGUGAUUUACAAUUUUGUAAAUAAGAGUUCAGGGAAGAACGCAAUUUAAUGAGGUUUUUUUAUUUCGAGAGAAAAUCUCCUGUUUUAAUAAAUCAAGUGUUGGCGUUGGUGUUAGGGCUGCGUGUUGGCCCGUUCGGGUCGGUGUUUUGUAAAGUCUCKUCUGGACUGAAAAUAAUCUGGAGGGAAAAACCGGACCACCAGAGGAGACGGAGGUCACAAACCGGACCUCUGUGGACAACAGAGGAGAAAAAAAACGUGAAUUUUUUUAUUUGUAUUUUUAACCGUAUGUUGAUCAUUGAAGCACCGAAGCUUCGGUUCAUUUCAUUUACAAACUGGAACAAAAAAGCCACCAUUAAAGAAAAUAAAAACUGA